AUGCAACUUUUCGCCUGGCCUCGAUCACAGCUUUUGGAAAUUGGUGAUCAAAGAUGGUGUCCAGCAUGGCUUCAUCAGCAUGAACAGCUCGUCCUCACCCAGCUGUGGAAUCUCAGCUUGCCCGGGUGGAGCCGCGGAAGUCUGGCCACACAAGCCUGCGCAGUGUUCAAGGAGCAUCUGAACGAUCUCUCAUCAUACACGGUGCUAGACGUUUGUGCCGGUGCCGGCGGGCCUACUCCAGUUCUUGAAUCAGAGCUUAACAAACAGCUCGAGGUCGAAGGUCGAGGACCUGUUCAGUUUGUACUAACUGACCUCUACCCUCACGUCGAAGAGUGGGAGCGGAUCUCGAAAAAACAGCAAAAUGUCACUUACAUCGAGACUCCGAUCGAUGCUCGGGCUAUUCCUCGAGUUGCGGCAAGUCUUAAGAAAGAGUGCCGGAUCUUCAAUAUCUGUUUCCAUCACUUCGGAGAUGAAGAUGCAGCGGGCAUUUUGAAGAGUGCAAUUGAGUCAGCGGACUCGUUCAUCAUAUUCGAGAUCACAGCACGCGACCUGUGGACUUGCUUAUGCUCGCCUUUGGUGUUCUUCUGGACUUUCUUCGUGACCAUCGUCUGGUACUGGAGUUCGCCAGUCCAUCUUCUCUAUACAUUCAUUGUGCCUGUGGCCCCGUUGACUAUCUGGAUCGACGGAUUCAUCUCCUGUCUCCGAACACGCACUACAGAGGAAACCUGGAAACUAUUGGACCAGCCGGACCUUGAUCUCACCAACUGGACCUUUUAUAGCGGCAAGAAGACCGUACAGUUUCCUUUCAUCACUUUGUAUUACCAUGUUGGCAUCAAAUCAUGA